AAAUAUCAAGUGUUCUCCUGCCUUACCAAGAAGGACUUUUAAGAUCUCCCAGAAAUGGGAAAGCGGAUUCAUCUUGGCAUGAUUUCCAUUUGUGUGUAUGGGUCAUUAGUUAGUCAACCAUAACUACUGGAUAAAGUUUCAUUUUCAGAUAGGUAAAUAGACAGAAACACCUUUAGUAUAAACAACACAAAGUAACCGUCCGGCAUAUCUCAGUAUAAUAGUUGAGUGUCCCCUAUGUAUAGCACCAUUUUCUGUGUUCUGGACAAGUAGGAGCCUGGGAACGUUUCUGCCUUCUCAGCUGAUCUUAGAGUAGUGUUGUUUGUGAGUGCGUGCCUUCCGGAUGCCCAGGGAAACAGCUGUAUUGGGAUUAUGAAACUGACAAGGUCAUAUAAGUAUCUCUCAAGAUGACAGUUACAUCCAUGGAAGUUUCAUCGCCUAAUAAUGUUGAUAAAUUAGCAUCUGAUGAAUAUCCAAAGGAGACUUACAAGAAGCUUGAUGAUCCUGGAAGAGCAGAAACAAACAUGGAUAAUUCAGAAAGUAAUGGAGCAAUAGGGGAAGAAGCAAAACCUCAUACAGAUGACAAUGAAGAGAGCAAUACAAGAAAGAAAACCUGUUGCAGCAUGUUAAGGACGGCACAAUUCCAAGUAUAUGCUUCACACUUCCUUUCUUCUUGGGGUGACCGCAUGUGGAUGUUUGCUGGUGGUCUCUUUCUACUUGAAGUCACACCAGGAUCCCUUCGCUUGGCAGCAGUUUAUGGAGCUGCACUUGCUGUAACUGUCAUUCUAUGUGGAGCUCCUAUUGGUCGAUGGGUUGACAGUAACUCAAGACUCAGAACGGCCCAAAUAAGUCUAAGUGUCCAGAAUCUUAUGGUUUGCGUCUGUGCAGCUCUCCUAGUAGUUAUUACAACGCAGCGGCAGUAUUUCACUGCUUGGGAUGGAUGGUCUCUGAUCCUAGCAGAGGCAGGAGUGAUCCUUUCAGCAUGUCUAGCACAGAUUGGAACUUUAGGAUGUAAACUAGCCAUAGAGAAGGACUGGAUCAUAGUGAUAUGCGGAAAAGAUAAAACAACAUUAGCCAGAAUGAACAGUGUUUUAAGAACAGUGGACCUCAGCACUGAAGUGUUAGCCCCUGUCAUUGUUGGUACUGUGAUGACUGCUUUUGGGUUGGCUGCUGGAGGCAUAGUAAUUGCUGCGUGGAAUGUUGGCUCACUGCUGGUAGAAUAUGGGCUCUUGCAUCAUCUCUACUACUCAUCACCUGAUUUGCAGAAGUCAAAGAAUGUUACUGUAAAUGAGAGUGAUAAAGACGAAGAAAAAGAAGGAGAAGCAAAUGAUAAGGAAAAUCAAGAAAGGAAGAGAAAGAAAAGGCACGUGAUUAUACAACGUAUCAUUUCGGCAUGGGGAGCAUGGAAGGCAUACAUGAGCCAUCCAGUCAGAGAUGCUGGGCUUGGUCUUGCAUUCCUGUUUAUGACAGUGCUUGCAUUUGACAAUUACUCUAGAGCCUUUGUGUAUGAGUCUGGUGUAACAGAGACAGUUCUUGGUAUUCUAACGGCCGUAGCAUCCUUGUCUGGGAUUUUUGGAUCCUUAGCCUUUCCUGUUCUCAGAAAGAGGGUUGGUAUAUCUAAGACUGGCUUAGUUGGCUUUGGUUUUGAAACAGUCUGCUUGUCUUUGUGUGUGGCAUCGGUAUUUGCACCUGGCAGUCCAUUCGAUCCCUCAGCUCUUUUACCUAACAGCAGAAUGAGUGAGAGCAAUAAUUCAACAGAAGCUCCAUCAUACUUAACAUACAAUAUAAGCACACUGUCAGGUGGAACAAACGUCUCUUUGGCAGAGGAAAAUGAGACUAUGACUCUUGAUGUGCCUUUGAAUCAAAGCUCAAACCCUGAAGCUGGAGAAGAAAUAGUGUACACAUCAGUUAUUCUCCUUCUUACUGGAAUCAUAACAUCAAGAUUUGGUUUGUGGCUAGCAGAUUUGACAGUGACACAGAUCCUGCAAGAGGGUGUGGAAGAAGGCCAGAGAGGAGCUAUCAAUGGUGUUCAGUCAUCACUUAACCAGUCCCUUGACUUACUACGUUCAAUCCUUAUCAUUAUUUUACCAACACGAUCUACUUUUGGAUUCCUCAUCAUCCUUUCAUUUAUAUUUGUAGCAACAGCGUGGAUACUGUUUUCAAUAUAUGCUCGAAGAAACCCUACACCUGUAACCACACCAGAGGGAGAGCAGCUCAAGCCAGUGGCUGUGUAAUUUGUAUAUAUAAACUAUCAAAUUAAUUUCCUUCAAAACACUGGUUUUAACUGAAGUCAACUUCAGAUUUGGUUUAUCUUAAUUCAGCUUGAGAUUUUUUUUUUCAUAAUGUACUUUAAAUUCCUAGUUUAAACUGAUUUUACUCAAAAGCCACAUUAUAAAUCAAGUUGCUGGUAACCAGAGACUUAUUUCAACAGAGAUAUAUGUUUUAACCUAACCAUAAGUUCUGCUUCGGUUUCAUGACUGCAGAUUGUAUAUGACCUUCUCUGAUUUCCUGACAGGAUAUAUUAUUUUUUAAUAAACUAUUUUUAUGACUUAAGUGUUAAGAGAAAAGAGAAGUGGAUUGUAUUCUAAGAAAAUAAAAAAUUGUAAUACUGCUCUUUUGCCAAGAGAUCAUGUGUUGGGUAAAAUAUUAUUGUUUGUUGUAAUUUCUUUGACAAAUAUUUUCUUGAAAUACUAGAUAAUUUUGAAGGAUUUUGUAUAAUUGUCAGUUAUAAACCAUAAGAGGAUUUUUAAUUACAUAUAUCGUAGCAUUAGACUAUAUAAUGAUAUCGCAAAAUUCAAGAUUAUAAAGUAGAUACACAUGUAAGUUGAUCUAAAAGAUGUACUCUUCUAUUUUUUUAGUAUUUUGUUUGUAGAAAAAAAUGAAGAUUCAGUAAGCAUGUACUUUUUAUUACGUGAAAUAAGCAAUAAAAAGAAUUCGGCAA